CUGCCGCUGCUGUUGCUAGUGUUGCUAGUGUUGCUGCCGCCGCUGCCGUCAGUCAAGCUGCGCCUGAUCCUUCAGCGUCUAUUUCCCUCAGAACGAUCGCCGCUGCUACAUCCUGCUGCGGGCUCGAUCUUGCCAGGAAAAUGUCUGAUGAAUUUUCGUUGGCAGAUGCGCUACCUGAACACUCCCCCGCCAAAACCCCUGCUGUGAGCAAUACAAAACCUGGUCAGCCUCCUCAGGGCUGGCCAGGUUCCAACCCUUGGAAUAACCCAAGUGCUCCACCUUCUGUGCCAUCUGGACUCCCACCAAGUGCAACACCCUCCACUGUGCCUUUUGGACCAGCACCAACAGGAAUGUAUCCCUCCGUGCCUCCCACCGGACCACCUCCAGGACCCCCAGCACCCUUUCCUCCUUCUGGACCAUCAUGCCCCCCACCUGGUGGUCCUUAUCCAGCCCCAUCUGUGCCAGGCCCUGGCCCCACAGGGCCCUAUCCUACACCAAAUAUGCCCUUUCCAGAGCUACCUAGAGCAUAUGGUGCACCCACAGAUCCAUCUGCAGCUGGUCCUUUAGGUCCAUGGGGAUCCAUGUCUUCUGGACCUUGGGCACCAGGAAUGGGAGGGCAGUAUCCUACUCCUAAUAUGCCAUAUCCAUCUCCAGGGCCAUAUCCCACUCCUCCUCCUCCCCAGGCACCAGGGUCAGCACCACCUGUUCCAUGGGGCACUGUGCCACCAGGAGCCUGGGGACCACCAGCACCAUAUCCUGCCCCUGCAGGAUCGUAUCCCACACCAGGACUCUAUCCUACUCCCAAUAAUCCUUUUCAAGUGCCUUCAGGACCUUCUGGUGCUCCACCAAUGCCUGGUGGCCCCCAUUCUUACCAUUAAGUUAACAGUGGAUGAAGAGAUGGCGCUUUGCUUUUUGAAGUACAUAUAUAUGCAUGUGAAUGCAUAUAUAAAAAUUGCUGGUUUCACUAUUCUUAGAGGGCAUUCAUGAAAGAACAACUCUUGCACCUCUCAGAAGAUAUCUGCCUCUUGGAUGUGUAGUACAGAACAUAGAAGAUAAAAACAUAGAAGUAAAUCAUUCAGGUGUGAUUUUAUUUGGUUUUCAUGGGGGGGGGAAGUGAUUAAAUUGAAUAACUCUUUGAUACGAUUUGUUUAAAUUAUGAAACUACACAUUUAGAAAUCUAAGAUGAUAUGAAUUAUUGUUAAAAUAUUUUGCCAAUGAAGUUGCAGAUUCUAGGUAUUUUUCUAUAAUCACUCCCCUCCCCAAAUAAACUUCAAAAACAAUCACAUUAUAAUUUAAACAAAUGAUGCCUCUGAACAUUUUGAGCUGCUUUGUGUGAUAAAUAAACGUAGUCCUCUUAUGGUUUUAUUUUGGAUAUACAUUUUAAAACUAAUUAUUGUUGGAUAUUGAGUUCAUUCUCCAGCCACUGCUCAUUUUUAUCCUCAAAUAUUUAGUAAAAACUUGUGAUUUGUUUUAUUUUUGCCAUGUGGAUCAUAUAACUCAACUCUAAAAUCUGCCUUUAUGAAAACUAAUUUUAUUUUGCAUGGCUGGGAAUAGAGCCCAGGGCCUCACACAUGUUAAAUGCCCCCACUCGGCUACACCCAUAGCCCUAACUCUUUUUUUUUUUUUUUUUUUCUUUUUAAUCCACUCAGAGAGAUAUGUAAAUUACAUUCUUGGAGAGCUGAUAUCUGUUUGUAUUACUUUAGGAUGAAUUAUAAGUUAUGCAUAUUGCUUUGGGAAGAGCUCAAGGAAAGAAUUGUUUUGGGUUAAACCUCAAACCAAAUUGCUUCAUUGCAACAAGUAGUUUUCGUUCCCACCAAACCUGAGGCAUAUCUUCUGCCCAGACCAUUCCCUGAAGUCUCCCUCCACCCCCCAGUUCUUUAGAAGGAAUACAUCUCUAAUGACUCCCUUAUAUAGAAAACUGGCACACACUGGGGAGUCUGUUAUCAGAUCAUAUAGAAUAUAUAGCAGUUAUGUUUGGAGAACUUUAAGUCAUAGAGACAUGACUGUUCUCUUUGUACAAGUGUGAAUCAAAAAUGUUUCUGUCUUUCAGAGUCUGGUUAAGCUAUGUCAUUGUCUCCUGCAUAGUUUCCUGAAUCUGUAAAGUAUUUAUGGCUAACAGUUAAGUUCUGUAUUUGUUGUCAGGGAGAUAAGUGGAAUUGAGUACCAUUUUUGAAAACAUUAUCUUAUACAGUGAAAAUAAUAAAUUGUAGAUCUCUGCAACUGAGUUUAAAGCAGUGUGACUGUGUUGCUUAAAUAUUGUUUAUAACUACCAAAACAGCUUUGGUUGCUUUUUGGCACCUUGCCUUUAAAUCAGUCUUAGAUUUGGGAUAGAUCUGACUUUAUUUAUCAAGUAACAUUUUGAAAUUUUGAAUGUAUCCAUUGGGUUACUAAAAUAUAUUGUGGAUUUCUCAAAUGAAUAUAGAAAAGAUUUAUGCUGGAGCUCUGUUUUUUAUUUGAAAUAAAAUAUUCAGUAGUUUAUUUCUCCAGUAAUUAAAAUGUCAAGAAUGCCUAGAGCUGCCAGUUUAAUGAUUUGAUAGCUACCUCCUUUUAAGAAAAGAAUAUGGUCACCUUUUGAAAGGAACAUCAGCAUUUAAACCUCCCUUAUUUUAAGCAGGUGAUAGAUUCAAGCUUUCAGAAUUGGCAAAGGUAGAAACUAAUUUAUUUAGAUGUCUUCAGACUGGGAAAUGUUCUUAGCUCUUACAUAGUGGCAAGAGUAGUCUUUUGUUGUUGUCGUUCUUUCAGUUCUUUAUAAGGACAGGUAGUAGCUAUCUAUUCACAAGACUCUUAGGACCUUGGUCAAAAUAGUCUCCAGUCUGCAAAACAAGUAACCUUAGGUAUCAUAGCCUAAAUCAUCAGUCAGUAUUCAGCUGUCAGUGAACUGGAAGGAUAAGAUAGGAAAAUGAGAUAGCAGCAAAGAUACCUCUAUUCAUAGUUAUUUUGACUGACCCAAAUUGAGAUUACUCCAGCUUUAGGUGAAAUUUUUAAUGUAACACCACUAAAAAAGGUAGCAAGUGUGGAAAUCUGUAAUUGUGGAGUCCAUUUAUUACAGGAAAAAAUCUUUUGCUAAAGAAUUUGAAGGGCCAUGAAGCCAAGAUUUGAAGUAACUACUCCUAAAUGUAUUUAAUAACGUUGAAGUAACUACUCCUAAAUGUAUUUAAUAACAUUGCUAGUGACCCAUAGUGCCAUUUUAACUAUGACUUUGUUUCCAAGGACUUUAUGACUGGUACUUCGAUCUUUGUAGAACUCAUUUCUCCAAUUGUCCAGGGUUUGCAGUGGGGAUGUCUCAAUUCUUGUGGGUACUCUGGGCCAAAAGAUUAUAGGUUUAGGGUGGAAAUAAGAAAAGCAAAAGUUUCAGUAAACAAAUGAGGAAAUAGCAUAUGGGAUUUUCCUCUUUGUAGGAGAAUAAUGCUUUUAAAACAAGUCAUACCUGAUGUAAUGGCACAUGCCUGUAACCCCAGUGACUUGGGCGGCUGAGGCAAGAGAUCUCAAGUUUGAGGCCAACCUCAGCAACUUAAACCCUAUCUAAAAAAGAGUUGGGGAUGUAGCUCAAUGGUAAAGAGCCCCUAGUUGAAAUCCUCAGUACCAUAAAUAAAUAUAUAAAUAAAACAAGUCAGGCUAGGCCAAGAUUGGUUUAUGGAAAAACGUUGGCAAGCAUAUUUGGUCUUAAGGGAUACACAUCAAAUAUGAUAUGUUUACAUUUGGGUUUCAUAUAAGAAUUUCUAAAUAAAUUUGAUAAAAAUAAUUGGACUAUGUUCAGGAAUAAUGGUGUUCUGGAGUUAGAAUCCUUUUUUAAGUUUUAAAAUAUUGAAUCCACAAAUAACCUUGAAAAACAGAAACCUAGACCUUAGAUCCCACUCACACACAAUUAUUAAAAAUUCAAUACUCCUUAAAGGAGGACUUCAUCCAGGCAUGGUGGCACAUUCCUGUAAUCUCAGUGACUCAAGAAGCUGCAGCAGGAGGAUCUCAAUUUCAAAGCCAGCCUAAGCAAUUUAGGGAGACUCUGUCUCAAAACUUUAAAAGUGUAGGGUAUGUGGCUUAGUGAUUAAGUGCCCCUGGGUUCAAUCCCCAGCACCUAAAUAAUAAAUAAUGAAGGAUUUUCAAAAAUACGUGGACUUGUCCAGGUCUCACCUGCCACCUUUUCAUGCUUUUGAAGAUGCUGUUUACAGCUCUGACUUAUUGUGUAAAGAAUAUAUUGAUUAUUCAGGAAUAAACAUUUUUUAAUUAGCCAAGAACCAUCUUCCUUAUUUGUCCAUUUUGCCAUUGUUUUCAGUAGAGAAUAAUAGUUCAAAGAAGCAAAGAGGUAAAUUUUUGGCCUAAGUCACAAUUACAAUGAAAUAUUUUCUAUAAGUCAGUUUGCCCAUGAUAUACAUUACCUCAGAAAUAAUUAGUGCUGCCUUUUAUCCUCAAAUGUACAGUUUUUGAAUCUUGGUAUAGGUGAAAAUAACUCUACUUAAAGUUUCCAUUAAGACUGGUUUGCAUAUCAGUCCGUUGCCUGCACUUCUAAAUAAUCAGUGCCAGUGUCUUUCUCACCCCAGGUGAGGUAGAACCAGCUUCAUCAAAUGCCAGGUCACAGAUUUCAGAAGUUACACACAGACCUUCAAGUAUUACCAUUAUUUGAAAAGCGUAAACCUAAAUUUGGAAAAAUCACUAAUAAAGUGCUUAGAAAAUGGUGGGCAUCCUUCAAGGGAAGACUAUAAUCUUAGUAAAGCAAUAUUAUUAAAAGACAGACAUUGUUCUUUUUAUUUUCAGAAUUCUGCCAAGGGAAACAAAAAUUGCCAAUAAAAUAACCAGUAUUAAAAUUGCAUGCAAACUUCUGGCUAUAGAAAACAUCUGAGGGCUGUGUUCAUUCAGCAGACACUUAUACGUCUGAUCAGGUGCUAUGCCAGAGGCCAGAGAGUUGCAAGCAAAUCCCAGUCCUUGAGGGGGUCCUAGUCUAGGGAUGACCUUACAGAAUUCAUUAGUACACUCAUUAUUAGUUACCUAUUAUAAGAAUAUUUUAGGAGAGCUGCUGUUGGAAAUUACAAAUCACGUUUUGGAGCAUUUUAAAGGACAGCGGGUGUGAUGACCUUAUUUUUGUUUUUUUUUUUUUUUUAACUUAGAAAACAUGUUUCCAGAAGUUAGUGUUGAUCAAUGUAGCUAUUUGAGUGUGCAGAGUAAUAGGGUGUUUUCCCCCCUCAGACUUCCUCUGGUUAAAGGCACUUUCCACUGCCUGUCACUGAUUAGCAGGUACAAAUUUGUUGUCAUUAAGUAAACUUGAUUUAUGUGUGCUCUACAAAGGUUUUUUGUAACUUUUCUUAAAAUUGUGAUUUUUUUCAUUGACUUAAUGACAAACUUAAUGUAUGUAAUUGUCUAUGCAUUUUAAGUUACACUGCCUAAAAUGUGAUUUAAGACAUAUACAUUUGUUUGUAUUAUGAACUGUAAGCAAUCUGAGAUGUUAGGUUUUAUCACCUGCUGCUGUAUCUGUAAACAAAGACAAAUGUUGCUUUAAGAAGUAAUUAUAAUUAGGAGUAGGCUAUGGAUGUGAUACUUGAUAUUUUUUAAGAUAAACUUGUUUGCUUUUGUGUAUUAUACCUGAAAGCUUUUUUUAAAAAAUGUAUUUUCAUGGUU